UUGAUCACAGAGGGGGAAACACCAUGGCCAAAGAUCCCCCAGAAAGCUCCCAGGAAUUCUAUGUGCUAGAUCCACCAGCAUCUGAGGUCAGGAAGGAUCUCUCCAAAAGAUACAAGAUCCACUGGAUGCUCCUCUGUGCCCUUGCACUUUCUCUCAUCCUAACCAUUCUGGGUGUCUACUAUUUUUUGAACCCAUCAACUAAAAAAAUCUAUGACAUGGAGCAUACCUUUUUCAGCAAUGGGGAGAAGCAGAAAAUAUUCAUGGAGAUAGACUCUCUUGCCAGAACCGAGAUCUUUCAAUCUGGAAAGGGCAGCAAGGAAGUCCUGGAAAUACACGACUUUAAAAAUGGACUAACUGGCAUCUUUUUUGGUGGGGACCCAAAGUGCUUCAUCAGGAGCCAGAUUAAAGGGAUACCUGAAACAUCCAACAUCAAAAUGGAGGAGCCUGAGGAAGAGGAAAUUGCAACCACUUAUUUCGAGCAAUCUGUGGUCUGGGUUCCAGCGGAGAAACCUGCUGAAAGCAAAGAUUUCCUGAAGAAUUCCAGGAUUUGGGAAUUCUGCAGAAAUGUAACAGUCUACUGGAUCCACCCAACCUUGCUAAAAGAGACAGGAGUCUUUGACUUUGAAAAUGAAGGAGAAGUGGAGAAUGGGUUUCCUAUGAACAAGCAAGAGUGGGCUGAAGAUCAUCAGGAGGAAAAGAAAGGAGGAAGACCAGGCAACAAACGUCAGGCUCGACAGCUCACAGAGGAGGACUUUCCAGUGAAUGACUACACAGAAAACGGACUCGAGUUCCACCCGCUGUGGGAUGAGAGGGGCUACUGUUGUGCCCGUUGCCGCCGUGCUCAUCGAUAUUGCCAGCGAGUGUGUGAGCCACUACUAGGUUAUUACCCCUACCCUUACUGUUACCAAGGUGGACGCGUUAUCUGCCGGGUAAUCAUGCCAUGUAACUGGUGGGUAGCUCGUAUGUUGGGACGGGUAUAAACAUGCUCAGCAGAAGAAAGUAAACAUGCCACAACAGUGCAUAAAACCUUCCCAAACCAUUCCCUACAGGCAUUUGUGCUAUCAGUACUCUAAGUGCCUUUCCAUCAGUCCCAUGGGGACACCUUGAUGUAGAAUGGCAUAAAGAAACCUUUCACUCCUCAUCAAUGCCAAUCAUACAUGUCCACCCUCAAGCACUAGCCUGGACAACAAGAUGGCAGGCAGGGCUGAAACAACCUCCAGAAGGUGACAAGAAACC